AUGUGGCUGUCAAUACUUUCCUUCGCCUUUCUGGCCUUUGGGCUGCUCAUCGACGGCAUUUCAGGUCGCCUUCAUGUCAUCGAUCAGAGACAGUACCAGGAUGUCGUCAGCUGGGACGAGCAGUCGCUUUUCGUCAAUGGGGAGCGGGCCAUGAUCUUUUCUGGAGAGAUACAUCCGUUCCGCAUACCUGUUCCAGGUCUGUACCUGGAUCUGUUCCAGAAAGUCAGGGCUCUCGGCCUCAACACCGUUUCUUUCUACGUUGAUUGGGCACUCCUGGAGGGGAAGGAGGGAAACAUCGUCACAGACGGCAUAUUCGACCUCCAGCCAUUCUUCGAUGCUGCGACGGAGGCUGGCGUCUUUCUCAUCGCGCGGCCUGGACCAUACAUCAACGCCGAGGUCUCUGGCGGCGGAUUCCCCGGGUGGUUAUCAAGGCUGCGCGCUCGCCUGCGGACGAGUGAUCCAGAGUUCCUCUCUGCUACGGACAAUUACAUGGAAACGAUUUGCGCAAUCAUCGCUGAUAACCAAAUCACGAACGGAGGACCGGUAAUCCUUUUCCAGCCGGAGAAUGAGUACACCAACUUCGAAAAGGGGCGGUCUCCCGACGGGGAAUACUUUCAGUAUGUCAUUGACCAGGCCCGGAAGGCCGGUAUCGUGGUUCCCAUGAUUAGCAACGACGCCAGACCUGAAGGCCACAACGCACCUGACACGGGUGUAGGCGCUGCUGAUAUUUACGGCUAUGACGGAUACCCUUUAGGGUUCGACUGUGGUAAUCCAGAUGUAUGGCCGGCUAACAAGCUUCCGACCAACUACCGUCGACUGCAUCUCUCACAAAGCCCUAGCACUCCGAAUUCCAUCCUGGAGUUUCAGGGAGGUUCUUUCGAUCCGUGGGGUGGUCAUGGUUUCGAGAACUGCGCCGCACUCACUAACCACGAAUUUGAGCGAGUAUUCUACAAGAACAACCUGGCGGCGGGCGUGUCCAUCUUCAACGUGUACAUGCUCUUUGGUGGAACGAAUUGGGGCAACUUGGGCCACCCAGGAGGUUAUACUUCAUACGACUAUGGCGCCGCUAUCAAGGAGGAUAGAAGCGUCGCUAGGGAGAAGUAUUCGGAGUUGAAGCUCGAAGCACAAUUCUUGAAGGUCUCGCCCUCGUACCUGACAGCAAAGCCAGUGAAUAGGACUUCAUGGGCACUCAGUGGUAACCCAAGGAUACUCAUGACGUGGCUGCGUCAACAUGAUGGACCAUCGUACUUCGUGGUUCGCCACAGAAACUACUCCAGCCUGGACACGUCAUACUACUUCCCGAUAUUGCAGACCUCAAGGGGGCCGGUUCGCCCUGGGUUUAUUGGUAACAAGCUCCGGCUUGGUCCGCGGGAUUCAAAAGUUCACGUGGCCGAUUACCCUGUUGGCGACUGGACCUUGCUUUACUGUACUGCCGAAAUCUUCACUUGGCAAAAGUUCGAGAACAGUACUAUUCUAAUGGUGUACGGGGGACCUGACGAAUGGCACGAGAUGGCUAUCAUGGACACACUUGAACACCCGACAUUUCAAGAGGGAUACGAUAUCCAUUUCAGAUACUUCAGAGAUAGCUUGGUUCUGAAGUGGAAGACUUCAGAGCAGCGACGGGUUGUCACGGUCGGUGAUCUAUGGAUCUACAUUUUGGAUCGCAACUCAGCGUAUAACUACUGGGUAGCCGACCAACCGGCCGAAGACGGCUCUUCCUAUGGUACAACUAUCAUGAAUCCUGUAUCGCUCAUCGUCAACGGAGGAUACCUCAUCCGGUCCGUCUGGUUCGAAGAAGAAAUGCUCAAGAUCCAAGGCGAUUUCAACCAAACCACUGAAUUGGAGAUCAUCGGUGUUAACGUCACUACGCUUACUACGCUGGAGAUCAAUGACAGGCAAACGGAUUUUACCACGAAUAAGCUUGGUAACAUGCUUGCAAGACCAUCGCUCUCGGAUGCCACGCCCGUCGUGCCGGAGUUGGCUGCACUCAGGUGGUAUUACACGGACUCGCUCCCUGAAGUUGUCGCAGAAUACGACGACUCUGCUUGGACACGCGCAGACCACGAUUCGUCUAAUAACACGGCUGCUAACCUUACGACCCCAGUAUCUCUUUUUGCUUCGGAUUAUGGCUUCCACAGCAGCACCAUCAUAUAUCGAGGCUAUUUUAUUGCGAAUGGCACCGAGAACCUGUUCAAUGUGACUACCCAGGGUGGUUCAGGCUUUGCAAGCUCCGUCUGGCUUAACGACACGUUCCUCGGCUCAUUCACGAAUGGACCUGACGCCUCGGGUGACAACACUGCAAGCUACCCCAUCACAAACCUCACUGCAGACGCCACACACAUUCUCACCAUCCUAGUCGACACUAUGGGUCUAGAAGAGAACUUCAUCAUUGCGACUGAUAUGAUGAAAACUCCGCGCGGCAUCUUGGACUACACCUUGACUUCACCCUCCGGCUCCACAACAAACAUCACAACUUGGAAGCUCACGGGAAACUUGGGUGGCGAAGACUACCACGAGAAGUUCUGGGGGCCCUUGAACGAGGGCGGUCUCUAUUUCGAGCGUCAAGGGUACCAUCUCCCCUUCCCAUCUGAGCUCUCUGAACUAGGGUCGCCGUUCGACGGCACCACCUCUCCGGGAGUUUCAUUUUACGGCACAAGACUGAUCCUAGAUCUUCCAUGGAAGGAUCUCGAUAUCCCACUUUCCUUCGUCUUUGACGACAUCUCUGACUCUGACGGAGUUUAUCGCGCCAUCCUAUACGUCAACGGGUUUCAAUACGGGAAAUAUGUCAGCAACAUUGGCCCACAGACAAGAUUUCCCGUUCCCGAAGGCGUCUUGAACUAUAAUGGUGACAAUUGGAUUGGGCUUGGUGUCUGGGCCUUGGAAGAGGGUGGAGCGCAAAUCAACAACUUUCGUCUCGAGGUUGAUGGUACUGCCAUCACGACCGGACGGUAUCCAGUUGAAUUCCAACCUGGCCCCGAGUGGUCGCAACGUGAGGAAGCAUAUUAA